AUGGCAGCAAAAUUGAUACAUGGGAAGACUUAUUGGGUAGCCAAUGUGGUGGUGUUCUUCUCGUUUUGUGUACACAUGACGCACGCGGGUCUAGACACAGUCAACAACGCCACCACCAACAAUGGCGUGGAAGGUACUUUUGGUCAGAAACUCGAGAUCGAGAAGCUUUUGAAGAAGUUGAAUAAACAAGCCGUUAAGUCUAUUAAGAGUCCUGAUGGAGAUAUAAUUGACUGUGUUUCUAUUCUAAAUCAACCUGCUUUUGAUCACCCGAAACUCCAAAAUCACAAAAUUAAGAUGAGGCCAACUUUCCGACCAGAAGAAAAGACAAUAUCUGAAAACAGCAAAAUGUCUUCAAUUGUUCAGCCAUGGCACCAAAUUGGAAGUUGCCCAAAAGGAACCAUUCCGAUAAGAAGAACAAGAAAGGAGGACAUAUUACGAGCAAGGACUAUCCAACAAUUUGGGAAGAAGAAUCUCAAAACUGUCCGUCUACGCUCAUAUGUUGCUGGUCAAGGUGGCCACGAGUAUGCUUCAGUUUUUGUGAAAGGAGGAAAAUAUUAUGGAGGCAAAGCAACUAUGAGCAUAUGGGAGCCUACUGUUCUAAAGGAUGAGUAUAGUAUCUCUCAAAUUUGGGUUAUAAGUGAUGCUGACAGUCAAAAUCUCAAUACUAUUGAAGCUGGUUGGCAGGUGCAUCCACAGCUAUAUGGAGAUGACGCGACCAGACUUUUUACGUACUGGACUAGUGAUUCAUAUAAAAGUACCGGAUGUUAUGAUCUUCUUUGUUCUGGAUUUGUUCAACUUGAUACUGGAAUAGCCGUGGGAGGACGCAUCACACCAUUAUCUGUCUAUGGUGAUGCUAAUUCCCAAUAUGGGAUCACCAUCAUGAUCUGGAAGGAUGUUAGCAAUGGAGACUGGUGGAUGCAAUACGGCGAUAAAGUUAUGGGAUAUUGGGACUCCUCCCUGUUCUCACACCUCUUUGAUAGUGCAACAGCGAUACAGUUGGGAGGUGAAGUACUAAACUCAGAAUCUGAUAGUCAACACACCACAACACAGAUGGGAAGUGGGCAUUUCCCUGCAGAAGGUUUUGGGAAAGCAAGCUACUUCAACAACAUUAAAUAUAUUAAUGGCCAAAACCAACUUGUUCCUGCUGGUAACUUGGUCCCUUACAUUGAUCAUUCCAAUUGUUACGAUCUCCGAACUGACCAUAAUGAUGACUGGGGCAACUUCUUCUAUUAUGGGGGACCUGGUCAUAUCAGUUUGAUGUUUGCAAAUGUGUAA